AACAAGCAGCCCUUCUCUAAUGAAAAAAGUAAACAAAUAGUUUAGUAAAUUUGUAUUUUACUGAGAAUUUAGUAAAUUAAGCUGUUUUAAAACAACUUAAGUAGAAUUACGGAGAACAGACUAACCCAUAAUAUUCCCAACAUGGCAUUCUGCAUUGCAGUCAUUGGCAAGGAUAACGCCCCGUUGUACUUGACCACAUCCGAUAUGGAACAGGAGCUAGAGCUACAGUACCAUGUCCAUGCCGCCCUGGACGUCGUGGAGGAAAAGUGUUUAAUUGGCAAGGGAGCAACCGAGUCGAAGGAACUCUACCUGGGGUUGCUAUAUUCCACGGAGAAUCACAAAAUCUACGGUUUCGUGACCAACUCGCGAGUGAAGUUCAUUGUGGUCAUCGACUCCAGCAACGUCGCGUUGCGGGAAAACGAGGUGCGAGCGAUCUUUCGCAAUCUUCAUAUUCUUUACACAGACGCCGUCUGCAAUCCCUUCUACAUUCCCGGCGAGUCGCUGACUUCCAAGAAAUUCGAUCGCGCUGUACAGAAGCUGAUGAGCGGCAAUGCCUAGACUGUAGAUUAAGGCGGAGUUAACAAUAAAGCUGAAUUAUUUAUCGGACA